UUGGAUCUGACAGUAAUCAAUACAAUGUAAACGUAAACUGGAUUAGACACCACUGUCAUAGAAAUAACGCUUUGCCCGGUACCUUCUGCCUUGCUUAUGAGUAUCAUUACCGGAAGAAAUGCAGACGAUCAAAUGACAAGAGUCAUUUUCUUUAGAAAGGAACGAAAACAUUAAGGACAAUUCAACAACCUUUAUGAGGCUGCUAUACUCACUAAGCAAGGACGUCGUCCACGAAAAGGAUUCUGAAUCCCUCCUCUGCUGACAUCAGACAGGAACAUGCCGUCUGAAAUCUGUCUUAGCAUUCAAGAGAUGCUGACAGGUCAAAGGCUAUGUCUAUCCAAGUCUCACCAGGAUGCAGUUCUCGCUGCCCUGAACCAGCAGAGAAAUGAUGGAAUACUGUGUGAUGUCACUUUGGUUGCCGGGGAACAGAAAUUUCAUGCCCACAGGGCAGUUCUCGCUGCCUGCAGUGACUAUUUCAGAGCGAUGUUCAGUCUGUGUAUGGUGGAGAGUGAAGCUGAUGAAGUGAAUCUGCACGGUGUUACUAGUGUAGGACUGAAGCAGGCCCUGGAUUUUGCAUAUACAGGACAGAUAUUGUUGGAGCCAGGUAUCAUUCAAGAUGUACUGGCAGCAGGAAGUCAUCUUCAGCUGCUGGAGCUCCUCAGCCUGUGCUCUCAGUAUCUCAUUCAGGAGCUGAACAGUUUCAAUUACCUGGACCUGUACAAGCUGGCCGACCUGUUCAACCUGACGCCACUGGAGGAGGCGGUGGUGGGCUUCCUGGUGAGGCACCUGUCCGAGCUGCUGAGGUCCCAUGAGGAGGAGGUCCUGCUGCUUCCCUACAAGCUCCUGCGGGAGGUUCUGAAGAGUGACCGACUCACCUCGCUCAGCGAGGAGCAGAUCUGGCAGCUCGCGGUGAGGUGGCUGGAGCACGACUCCCGUUACCAGUACAUGGAGGAGCUCUUACAGUAUGUACGCUACGGCCUUAUGGACAUGAACUCCCUCCACACUGUUGCCAAGUCCCACCCUCUGGUCCAAGCCAGCGAAACAGCCACAUCUCUGAUCAAUGAGGCCUUGGAGUACCACCGAAGCACCUAUGCACAGCCGAUCUGGCAGACUUUACGAACCAAACCUCGCUUCCAGUCGGAAACACUCUACAUCGUGGGGGGGAAGAAGAGGGAGAUCUGCAAGGUCAAGGAGCUGCGGUUUUUCAAUCCCGUAGACCAGGAGCACGUUCACCUCGCCGGCGUGUCGAACUGGAGCGAGCUGGCCCCCAUGCCAGUGGGCAGGAGCCACCACUGUGUGGCGGUCAUGGGAGACUUCCUCUUCGUCGCAGGGGGAGAGGUGGAGCAUGCCACAGGCCGCACCUGUGCCGUCAGGACUGCCUGCCGCUACGACCCCAGGGGCAACAAGUGGGCAGAGAUCGCUCCCAUGAAGAACUGCCGCGAGCACUUUGUGCUGGGAGCUUUAGAUCAAUACCUCUAUGCAGUAGGAGGCAGGAAUGAACUCAGACAGGUGUUGCCCACUGUCGAGAGGUACUGCCCUAAAAGGAACAAAUGGACUUUUGUACAGUCCUUUGACAGAUCGCUGUCUUGUCACGCGGGAUGUGUAGCAGAUGGUUUGCUCUGGAUAUCAGGUGGUGUAACAAACACAGCUCAAUACCAGAACAGAUUGAUGGUGUACGACCCCGUCCAGAACAAAUGGAUUGGGCGCAGUCCCAUGCUGCAGAGGAGAGUGUACCAUGUCAUGGCAGCUGUCCACAGGAAGCUGUAUGUCCUUGGGGGAAACGAUUUAGACUACAAUAACGAUCGGAUUUUGGUCCGACACAUAGACUGUUAUGACAUUGACAUGGAUCAGUGGACGCGCUGCACCUUUAGUUUGCUUACAGGGCAAAAUGAGUCUGGAGUAGCAGUCCACUAUGGAAGAAUAUAUCUUGUUGGAGGAUAUUCUAUAUGGACAAAUGAGCCAUUAGCAUGUAUCCAGGUCCUUGAUGUCAGUACUGAAGGGAAAGAAGAAGUUUUCUAUGGACCCACUCUUCCAUUUGCUUCCAAUGGAAUAGCCACGUGCUUCCUCCCAGCACCAUACUUCACAUGCCCCAACCUCCAGACCCUACAAGUGCCUCACCACAGGAUUGGUACUGUAUAGCUGUGGCCAUAGACAAUGGCAACAUCUGAAGCCCACAAGAUCCUUCAUGGAAACGACGCACAAUAAAGCUCCCAACAGCCGAAUGUUGCCUCUUCAAAGGCAGGUGCGGUUUUAAAAGACGCACUAAAUGGGGGGUGUUUACGAUUGAGUGUGAUCCGCAGAAGGCGAUGCUCUUGGCUCAUAUUGCAAACAUGCAGUACAUACAGUGUGACCAAAUAGCUCUGUGAUAAGAGUGGUGCAACAUGAAUUUAUCUGACUGUUCCCAUGAAGUCAUUUACAUUCAUCAAGGCUGACAAAAAAGAAUACGUUUCUAACUGUACUGGGAUAGGGCGGUAUUUCAGUGCUUGUUAAGUGUAGUUCCUUCUCAGUUGUGAAUAGCAUUUUUAGGGUUGAUUUAUAGCCUCUGCCAGAUUUUAUGCAAUUGAUUUUUUUUUAUGUAACCUGAGAUUAUAAAACACUGAAGUUUUGCCAUAGUCUUCUUUUCCUGCCAUGAACGCUCUCAGUGUGAACGUCAGUUUCCUUGGGAUUUUUUAAAUGGUGUUUCCAAAGAAAUCCUAAUCUGUCAACACAGGAAACUCAGACUGCAACAUUCAAGACUGCUUUUAGACUCAACUUCAAUAGGUUAUAACCCCAGCGAGGGUGAGGUAAUGACCAAGAAACAAUGACUUAGUACUACUCUUCUUAAUAGUCCAAGAAGAAUUUGAGCAAAGUUGAAUUCUUGAAUUUUAUGUAAAAUAAUCCAAAUGAAUUGCAGAUUCCUUAUUUCAAUCAUUUUGGCAGAUUGCUAUUGUAGUUUCCGCUAAUUUUGCACCUCAGAAAUUUAAGUUAGUUUCCACAAGAAGAAUCAAAACAGUUAUACUUAAAAUCUGCAGAAAAUUUGCAUAAUCAUAUUAAACAGCCAAUUCAGAUAGUUGGCUAUGCAUUUCCGAGUGACGUUUUCCCAUCACCACAUCAUGGUUUUACGAAUGCUUUUGUUAACCAAAGCAAAAAAAAAAAGGUGUUUUAAUUUCCAAGCAGUUUAGGUAGACAAAUAUGCAUUAUGUUAAUAUAUUUAUAUUUAUUGUAUUCUUUGAGGAGGUCCAUUGAUAUUUGUAAAAGUAAUUACAGAAAUGCUUACUGUAACAACAGCCAAGUUCUGCCUAUAAAUUGAAUACUAAUAGAAAGAACUCCUGUAAUGAGACAUUAUUUCAUGUGUGACAAUACAUUUACUUCUGGAAUUGUGUUUCUACAUGCUUCUACGGCAAAACAAAUCUUGGCCAAAAGUAUGUUGUUCCCUUCUGUAACUCCAACAGCUUGUUUACAGUUAAUGUUAUGGAAAUAAUUAUUUUUUUCACUAAGCACUGCCUUUGAAGGGCUCAUUACUUUCUGGUCAGGUGUGUUAUACUAGAAAACAAAUAUCGCUGUUGCUACUAGGCAUUUAUGACCCAUUGCAGAAAAAAAAUCUUUAGUGAGAGUUUGCUAAUUGCAACAAAGCUAAGUAAAGGAUAACAAGACUAAAAUCAUAACCUUAUGUAACCGAAGCAAUCAGGUGUGCAGUUUUACAGAGAAAAUAUGAAAUAAAAGCAAUUUUGUCAAA